AUGCCUCAGCACCCUUCCGUCGCCUCGCACCUGGUCGUCGACUACCCGCACCCCAAGGUCCUCCGCCUCCGGCUCAACCGCCCCGAGGCGCUCAAUGCCAUGACCGACGCGCUCGAGGAGGACAUCCGCAAGGUGCUCGACUGGUUCGAGGAGAACAACGAGCUGUGGUGCCUCAUCCUCACGGGCACGGGGCGGGCGUUCUGUGCGGGUCAGGACCUCAAGAACUGGCAGAAGACGGCCGGCACCUCGUCGUCGCCGAGCGCGUCGAUGCGCAAGAACAUCCACGGGUUCGGCUCGCUCGCUCGCAGGCGCAGCAAGAAGCCGUUCAUCCUCGCGCUCAACGGCAUGGCGUUCGGCGGCGGGGCCGAGGCGAUGGCCAACGCCGACAUCGUCAUCGCGGCCGAGGGCAUCAAGGUCGGCUUCCCCGAGGUCAAGCGCGGCGUCGUCGCCGGCGUCGGCGGGAUCCCGAACGCGUUCCACCGCUCGCCGCAACUCGUCCCCUACCUCCUCACGGGCAACCCGAUCCCGACCAACCUCCUCGAGCACGUCGUCUUUACCGAGGUCGUCCCCGCCGACAAGGUGCAGGACGCCGCUCUGCGCUGGGCUCUCGACAUUGUCGACAACUCGCCCGAGGCCGUCUGGGUCACCAAGGAGCAGGUCAACCUCACGCGCGACGGCAACAGCCUGCAAGACGUGGUCAUCAAGUCCUUGGAGACGGAGCAGAGCGAGCGCCUGUACGUCGGCGAGAACCUCAAGGAGGGCCUCAAGGCUUUCGUCGAGAAGCGCAAGCCAGUGUGGCAGGACCCGCCGGCGCUCACCCGCCAGAGCAAGCUGUAG